UAACGUGGCCAAUUAAUAUGAGAAUCAAACAGCCAAUUAGCAGUUAACCGUAAAUAAUUUCCACUUUUUCCAUUGAAACCUCUCUUCUCCAUUCUCCCUCUGGGAUCUAUCGAUCGCCUUGAUCAACCUCAAUUUGGGUCUCCCACUGCAGUUAAUUUAUCUGAAAUUUCUGUGAGUUAUAAUUAAAGGCCACAACUGGGAAAGGAGUCGAUAUUUGGAUGACAAAAAGGAUUUUCUAUUCGGCAAUAUGCGAGGAUAGAAGUCUCUUUUGCAGUCUAUGAGAGCUAUCAUUAAGGACACUGGCCUACAUAGGUGAAGUUAGGAUGAUUAUUUAUCUUCAUCUUUGUGCUUCUGCUACAUAAAGUGAUCUCUCUAUCCCGGCCUGUUUGCUCAAUCUGAAGAUGAAUGAUGGGCCCAAUAUUUUUCUAUGCAAUUUGGUUUGCCAUCAUGAAGAUCUUCAUGAGUAGUGAAUUCGGCAAUAAUUGGUUGACGUGUUUGUUCUCCGAAUCAGAAAGAAGAGCUUGCCAAGUCUCCGCAUGCCAUAUUUAUUUGGCAUCACCCAACAAAAUUGUAAACCACCAAGAUAGGCCAAAGGAGUAUGUCACACGGUAAUUAUAUAUUUGAUUUGGAAGCAGAUCAGCAAGGUCAAGAGUUCUUUCAUUCUGAGCCUUGCAUAUUUUAUGGGAGCUUAGCGGCUUUACCACAGCCUAAUGUUCACACAGUAAUUCCAGCUCCUGGAAAUGCUGGCAAUAUCUAUUUGCACCAUCUAGCAGACCAUCAGCAUGGGGUGACACGGUACAAUGCGGUUCAACAUCAGCAUCCAACCACCAAUCUUGACCUUGCCGUUUCUGCUUCAUCAAAUCACUACAAUCCCUACAUGGCUGUUCCAUCCGCUUCUAGAGACUUCCCCAUUCCAAUAAAUCAUGGGCCACAUGAUCAGCUUCAAUCAAGCUCUCACAACAUCCUUGGAAUGAAUUCAGACAGCUAUGGAAGGAACAAUCAUUACAUGGACGAUAUCAGAAGCUCAUUUAAGAGAAAGAAUGCUGAAGGAAUCCCUGCAAAUCUUCAAUAUCAUCAUGCUUUGGCAGGCUCCAGUUCUUCUGUUGCUCCAGUGAUUACAAGGGCACACGAAUCUGAUGUCUUAAUGGAUGCUGCAUCAUUUACACCACCAAAUUAUGCAGGCAAUUCAUCAUCAUUCAUUGAAGAUGGAGCACCGAGAAGUAUGAGUAACAGAUCUGGUGCUAGUGGUCCAGAUAACGUGGCAGCACGUAACCAUAAUCAUCUAUUUCAAGGAAGCUAUGCAGGUCAAGCCCAUCAGUUGCCUGGCAAUCCUUGGUUGGACCGGCAGUUCAACAGCAAUGGUAGUGAGACUCAAACUUGGGCCUGGAAUCAUGCUGCUCCUUUACCCUAUGUACCUGAUGCUGGAAACAUGGGCGUGCAAGGUUAUCAAAUAACAUCCAGCAAUGGAGGUUUGAAUAGUUUUCAACAUCCACCCAUUCCUCAAGGGCACCCAAGCCUUCAUCAUCUGCCACCUAAUUUUCAAGGAAUGAGAGGACAGGCUAUCACCUUCCCUCCACAAAUGACAGCAUCCUCACGCAGACACCUACUACCAAAUAAUUCCUCCAACAUCACCACCAACCUAUUGCAAGGCGCUGUAGAGGCAGGACCAAGAUAUAUGCCCUCGCUACCAACUGCCUUUGGGUUGUACAGACCUCAUCGAAGGGCUGUCGUGCUUGAACGGAAUACUAGACAUCGGAACCUUCCUAACAUGAGAGUUCUGCCAGAAGAUGGAGUGGCAAUGCUGGAUAUUCCAGUCUACCAUGAAGUUAAUAACCCCCCCAUUGAUCAGCACAGAGAUAUGCGUUUGGACAUAGAUCACAUGUCCUAUGAGGAGCUUCUUGCACUGGGGGAGCAGAUUGGCAAUGUAACAACUGGAUUGUCAGAUGAAAUAAUCAUUAGCCAUUUGAAAACCAGAACAUUUUCGUCCCCUGGGAUUCCCUGCCUCCUGGAAAGCGCUGCAUGUUUGGAUCACGAAACUGAUUUCUGUGUCAUAUGCCAGGCUGAUUACGACGACCAAGAAACGAUAGGAACUCUUGACUGCGGGCAUGAAUAUCAUGCGGAGUGCGUAAAGAAGUGGUUGGUUGUGAAGAACACUUGUCCCAUCUGCAAAUCCACAGGAUUGUCAAUAGCAGGAAAGAAUUUGUGAAUACUGGGAGUUGGUUGGUGGAUGAAUAAUUUGAAAGAGUGGGACAUUUUGCUUUUGCUAAAUAUUUAUUCUCUAACAAGAGGAAACGUUCCCGAACAUGUAUUAUAUAUAUAUAUUUGUAUAUACUUGGCUAGAUUUGAGUAGAUGUCCAAAGAAUGUACAUGGUGACCUUAAUUUUGUCACCUGAAUUUGUACAAACCUCCUAAUUUUGAACCGUGCAUAAUUGUGAAUUUGUACAGACAUGUAACAUUUAUUUGGUUCGAUCACGCAUGAUUAUUAUAUCCAUUAUGGAUUAAUGUGAUGUGUUGUGUAUGA